GGAAAUUGAAUUCAUAGAAAAAGAAGCAAGGGUUUACACACGGCGCCAAACAGAAACCGGUCAAACUAGUUUAUUCCGAAGCAAAAUUUUCCUCGCUAGACCUUCCAACCGGUUUUCAAGAACCAUAAAUCAAGUUUGAAACUUUUUAAAAGAGGUCUGUCCAUGGAAACUGACACAAUCUGGUCGCAGAUGAAACAGACGACGGCCGUCAGCGAGUCGCUGGCCUCAAUGAACAACGAAGUCGCCUUCACCGAUAUAGAUCAAUUUUCAUCCGAAACUCGAGAUAAAGAGAUUGGGAUGUUCAAUCCUACGCAAUCAGGUGAUUUUGUUCCAAUGGAUGGAGUUGCAGAUUUCCCAGUUGAUAUUCACAACUUCUUGGCAGCUCCAGGCAUCCCAGAUUGUCCUCCAAUCUAUGAGCCUCUGCAGUCACCAAUUGAUUCUGAUUUGUCAUGCCCACCUUCCCCUUCACCAGUUUCCUCGCCAUCACCAAAUUCUUCGUCAUCAUCUUCUGAGUCGGGUAUUGAAGAUGUGAGUGACAUGGAAGAGUCAACAUCUUUCCUUACAGCAAAUGGAUCGUUGCUUGUCAAGAUGGAAAAUCCAUCCUCUCUGAACGGUGCGAGUCAACCUGUUCUGAAGAGACGUGCUUUAAAAAGGCGAUUGAAGAAAGAAAAUGAUAGCUCUGUCUUGGAAGAGCUCAACAAACUUCUUGUGGAAACCAGUGUUUCUUUGGCAUUGACUUCAAUGAAUCAAUCUUCAUCUCAGCCAUGCCUAACUCAAGCUAAACUUACCAGUGAAGGAAGCAUUCAGACUACAGCUUCACCAACCUCUUACAGUUGCCCUCUCAUAGUUAAGGCUAACCAAACCUCAGUGGCAUCUGGAUCUCUUCAACUGCCACUUUCCAAUCGGUCCACAAGCACCUCUACUCUGUCUACAAUUAGCACCCCACCUGCAGCUGUCUCUCAGUCUAGAAUAAGAAACAAGCCAACCCAGAAUCAAAAGAACUCUGAUGAGCCCAAGAUUGUUAUUAUAGAGGAACCAGAAGAGAAUUACAGAGCCAGAUAUGAAAGUGAAGGAUGCAGAGGUCCUAUUCAUGGCUCCCAGGACAAUACUUUCCCUGCUGUAAAGAUUACAGGGUAUGAUCAAGCUGUGUGGAUCACAGUACAUCUUACCACCAGUAGUGGAAUGCCACAUUACCAUUCCAUUCAUGGACCAGGCUCUACUAAGGUACCAUGUAAAGAGACUACUCUACCUGGUGGAAUACCUGCUGUUCAAGUUAUGGUUGCUCCAGAUACAAACAUGACUGCAGUGCUUGAUUCAUUGAGCAUUCGCAGACUGCGAAACUGGGAAGGUGAUAGAGAGUUAAGGAAAAGAGGAAUUGAUCCAAGAACCUGGAAAAAGGAACGCAAGGAAGCACGAUUGUUGUUUCAGGCAGAGCUGCCAGAACACAAUGGCCGUCCAGCUGUGAAACUGACUUGUAAAUCGAAGGUGUUCCAGUGCAGUUCUUCUGGUCCUCCUGGUAAUCCAGAAAUUUGGUGGGCCAGUACAAGUGAGGGUUCCGUUGAGGGUGGCGAUGAACUGGGUCUGAUUGGAAAAAAGUUUCAAUCGGGUUUCAAAGUGCGAUUCUACUCAGUGAAUUCCUCUGAAAAUUGGGAGAGUUUUGCAGAAGUUGACAAGAGUAAGUCACAUCAGGGUGCUGCAGUGGUUCUCACUCCAGCCUAUUGUGACACUGAAAUAACUUCUCCCGUCACUGUUAAUGUGGUGGUAACCUUUGGAAAUGGUAGAGAUGUAAAAUCAAGUGAACCUAUUGAGUUCACUUACAAACCCAAACCUAGUGUAAAUGUACUAGUUGAGGAAGUAGAAAUGCAUCCAAGCCUUCCCAUUACUGCUACAGAAAACAUGAUAACAGUGGAUCUGUUCAACCCAAUGGGUGAUCAGGUUGUACUGGACAACUUGCCUCAAGAUAUCAUGGAGCCUGCACCAGUGUUGUUGCCGACAGUUAAUGAGGAACAAGAUUGGCAGGCAUUGUGUGUUCAAAUUGGUGAGUUACAUCAAAAUGGAGAGCUUUCCACAGAGCACGUCAAGGAAUUGUGUGAGUACAUCAAGAGAAGAGACACUCUACUUCUGCAAGCCUUUCGUUCAUCAAGAACUGCUGGCACCAAGGAACAGCUGCAAGUGAACUUCAAACAGUAUCUCUCAGGGAUGCUUUGUAAUUUAUAGGUUGCAUUUGACCAUGUCAAUUAAAUUAUAUUAAUUAUUGUUAUAGAAUUCGUAUAAGUAAUUUUAUUAUAAUAAGUUUAUUCCUUUCAUGGUAAUAAUAAUAAAAAAAAAAUAGAGAACCCUGAUGGUCUGUAUUUUCACUGCACUGCUUGCAAUAGGUAUAAGCUUAAGUCAUAUCCUUGUUUGAUUGGCUUAUAUCUAUUUUCAACAGUGUUUUGUUAAUAUGGAUUUCACUAGACAACAUCCACUGCAAAGGUGUUAUAUAUCUUUUUCAAAUUAAGGUAGACUCUUGGAAGACUGUAUAUUGAUUAUUUACUACAUGUUCCUGCUUGUACAGAUGUUGUAUAAGUAAACUUCAGUGACUAACUCCAAUCCGUCUCACGAUUGCAAACAACUCUUUACCCUCUUCAAAAUAUUUCCCAUAUGGGAGCUGAAUUGAAUUUGCCUGAUAGUUGGCAAUAUCAUUACAAUCUGGUGUUGGCAACAUUAAAGUCUGGAAUAUAUUUUGUCAUGGGAAUUAGUCACUUGUUGUUUUCUUAUCAACCUUGUUUCAAAUAGUUUUAAUUACUGAAACAUUUCACCAUGUUCAAUAUAUGGAUAGCCAUUUUAGUUGAAUUCACUCGUGUUCAGCAAUCACAUCUAGUAGGAUUUAGUGGACUUGUAGAUGUGGAAUCCGUUUCCCUGUUGAUUGAUUUUCAAGUUUCCUAAAUUUUAAGUUUUGGGUAGCAUUGUAGUGCUGCUGAAGGGUGAUCUCUAAACUAGCUUGGCUACUCCUUUGAUUUCUUUAUAGGGUGUUUAUAACGCGAAGUUACUGUAGAUCUUCAUUAAUUACUUACUGUCUGUUUGUUAGCCCACAAGUUUUUGUCAUACAGGUUAUUGCAGUUGGAACAGAAAUGUAUGUAUCUGUGUCAGCAAAAAAUUUGCGAGAAAACCAAAACAAGGUGGUCAGUUGGCAUUUUGUUUUGCAUGCUUUCCUGUUUUUUUGGCAGUUGAAAGCAAGCACUUCAAAAUGGCAGUCUUGACUGCUUUAGUAUCCAUCCAAGUGAGUCUUGACCAGGUUGAAAGCUCUCGGCAGUUGAGAUGUGUUUAUAGCAUCUAGACUCUUGGGGAUUUUGUGAAUCUGGUUUUUAUACAAUGAGAGAGAACAUUCCGCAAGGUAUUGUAAAGGUGCAGUUGACUUUUCUUGGUGGAAAAACUGAAGGCAAUUGUUAGGCUUGUCAAGACUAUACAUCAUAUGAGGCACUGUGUGAUUGUGUAUGGCUCUUGAGCAAGUCAGCUGUUCUUUUACAUAUCUUGAAGCAGGUUAACUUGGAAGUUAACGCUUGCACGGGAAUGUCCGAAAUUAAUGUUAGCACAAUUUUGUGUGCGUUUUGUAUAAGACGAGUAUUGUCAUAAGAUUUAACUUUAAAUAUUGUUAUAGAUUUCUUAUGUUAAGUUAACGUCACAAGCCGAAAUAAAUAUGGCGUGAUCAGUUGAUUGUCACUUGAAUUCAAAGGUGAAAGUUUAGUAAAACAGGUUUUUCUCCAUCAAA